AUGCUGCACAUGUGGUGGACGUGCAAGCAGGUGAAUCAACUGUGGAAAGAAACAGCCAAACUAAUCAAACGAGUCACGAAACACCAACUACCCCUCGACCCCAAAACGAUCCUACUACGCUCGUUACAGGGAAACAUCCCGAAGCCGAUUCGAAAAACUAUAUACCUCAUCCUAA